AAAUACGACACCUGCCCUAACAACUUGUGUGUUAGUAAUGGAAAAUGUUACUUCGGUGAAUUGGCGAAUCUAAUGUUCUAAAUGUAUCGCGUUUUGCCGUUACUGGCGUAAUUGUUUUGACAGAAUGCAACUCAACAUGGAAACAGCUAGAGGAGGGUGUUUCUGGUGUUCUCUGUUUGAUCCUUUGGUUAGUUUUUAACAUUUUAUUGGACAUCAGAAAACAUUUAAGAGUAAUGUUUCUAUUAGAUUUCUUUAAAUGGAGGCGACGUGGGAUCUAGAGUUUCUUUUCCAGUUCCUGGAUUAUCUAAUGUCUUAUUGUACAGAGUUUCUAGACGAGUGGAGGAGCAAUGACAUGAAAGUAUCGAUUUUUAAAAUCCUCCUGGGAUGGCUGGUAUUUAGCCUUUUGGCAAUCCAUGUGGCUUGGAGCAUAUAUGGACCUACAGUGAACUUCAUGUAUUACCGACAAGGUAAAGGAAGCAGCGGCUCUGUUUUUCCCCCACUUGAUAGCAGUCUGGCAGUCCUACCUUUAAUAACAUAUGGUACACUGGGGCAUGGAAAUGGCCUGAGUUCGGCAAAGUGAGCGGAAAGUGAAAGC